UAUCAAAAUAAUGAAAUGUCUUAUCCAAGCUUCGGAACAACCUCAAAAACUAUUAAUAAACACUUAGUAACUGUAACACCUGAAUUAUUAAAUAUGACACUUCAACAACCAUCUAACAUGCAUCCUAUUGUUACUUCUUAA